GAAUAAUCUAAAAACACAUUAGAUUACCUUCUAAAAUGUAUAUUUUGUCUAAAAAUAAAUAAAUUAUUUAGAAUAGCGAAUUAUUAACCAUUUGAUUAACAUAAUAAAAAAGAGUCAGUAAAUCAAUUAUUAAUUAUUUAGAAUAACGAAUUAUGUAAUUUUUAUGCUUGUUUUAAACGACAAAAAGAAUUAAUGAUGAAAUCUAUGAGUAGUUAAUAACUUAAUAUGUUAAUGACAAAAACUAGAAUAAAAUAUAUAAAAAGAGAAUUCAUAAAUAUAUGUCAAAUUAUUAUGGUAAAGACUAUUAGUGAAGUAGUUAAGAUGAUUGAAAAAUGUAAAAACUGUAAUAAAACAACUUAAAAUUGGUAAAUUGUGUUUUGUAUUUCUGUUUUAAUAAGAUAAAAUAUUUAAAGCUUAAAAAUUAUUACAAAUUAUGGAUAAGUAAGUAUUUUUAUUAUGAAUAAUUACAGAAUCUACAUAUGAGAUUAUGUGGUGUACUGGUUAUCUAUAUUUUAGGAAUAUUCUAUAAACAUAUUAGAUUGCCUUCUAAAAUGAAUAGUUUGUUUAAAUAUAAAUUAAUUCGUUCAAACAGCGAAUUAUAAACCGUUUGAUUUAAAUAUUUAAAUUUUAGUGAGUAGUCGAAAUAUUAAUUAGUUAGAAUAACGAACUAGGUAAAAAAAUUUCUGUUUUUUUCAAUGAUAAAAAUAAUUAAUGAUGAAAUCUAUGAAUAGUUAAUAUGUUAAUGACAAAACUGAAAUAAAUACAUAAAAGAGAGUUAAUAAAUAUCUGCCAAAAUUAGUAUGGUAAAUACAAUUAAUAACUAGUUAAAAACCGCAAUAAAACAUUUUAAAACCGGUAAAUUUUAAUUUGUACUUGUUUUUAAUAAGAUAGAAGAUAAAUAGAUGUCUUUAAUUUCAACGUGUGUCUUUAUGAUUUCAUAGCUAUUGCAAAACGCAAAGAUAAAGAAAGUGAAAACGGAAAUUGUUAAUCUCUUAUUUGUUAAAAAAAAGAGAAAUGUUUACUCGUCUUAAAAAGAAAGGAAAUUGCUAGGUUAUACUGAAAAAUACAGUUCUGUCACCGACUAAAAAGAUCUAAUAAACAUAGGGGCGACUUAACAAUAUAAAGGAUUCUUGGGCGAAAAAAAUUUUUAGUUCUCUAUAAUUAAUUAAUUUUAAUUUUAUCAUCAUAAUAUUAUUAAAGUAUAUAAAACUUAUCUAAAAUUAUUAAUUUAUUUGUAUUUUGUAAAUAUAAAAAAAAAAACAGACUAUUAUGUCUUUUAAAUAUUGUGUAAAUAUGAGAUUGUAAGUGGAAAAAGAAAAGUUAGACCCUUGCUGUCAUAAAAAAAAAAAAAAAAAAAAUCUGGGUCCUUUAUAGUACUAAAUUUGCUUGAUUUUAGGUGGGCCCGUGCGAUUCCACUGUUUGCCCUCCUACCUAAGCAUUGGAGAAACAGUCUGGUCCUUGUGUUAUAAAUAUAAGUAACCCUGUAGGCUAGAGCAAAUCAGCAACAACAAAAAGCUUUUAACUCUCUUUCGCCUACUGAUAUUGCUUCCGUAAGUAGUCAUGAAACACAAACUAUCCCACGAAAUCGAUAACUACCCUGAAUCAGACGAUGCGGGCACACUCAGAGUCACGGCUAAGAUCUUUGGCCAAGAUGAUAACUCGACAUUCACGACUCUGUCCCUUGCCAAAGACUUCUUAGAUGAUGAGAACGAAGAGUGUAAAAGCAAAGAAGACUUGAACUACUUCUUGUUGGAAGCCGGAAUCACCGAAGAUGUUAUCUAUAAUGCGAUAUUGGAGCUAAUUGUUUAUGUUGAUGAGGUAACAUGCCCUGAAAGUAUCGAGUACUCUCCUGGCUGUGCUUUGAAAGUUCAGUUGGAUCUUGUUCCUGAUCAUCUCGAUGAUGAUGAUGAUGACUCUGAGAUUCAAGAAGCUGCUCAAGUCUCGUUUGAUGAUACUAGCAAUAUCCGGUUUCGACCAGCUAGCAAGCUCGUGGUCAAGUCGCUACCCAGGAAAGUAUACAAGAAGAAGAACGAGAACAAGAAGAUGGUUAGCUUGGAAGAGUGCAGGAUUUGUUUGCAAGAGUUUAGCAAUGGAGGAAUGGUUGUGACUUUAUCAUGUGGACAUGAGUUUGACGAUGAGUGUAUCGUAAAGUGGUUUGAGACCAGUCAUGUUUGUCCAUUGUGUCGUCUCGAGUUACCUUGUCAAGAUGAUGAACUAUAGCAUGUCAAGAUUGUUGGGUUGAACUCCGAUUGCUUAUUGUAAUACAUCAUUGUUUAAAUAUCAUUUAAAUCUGAUAUUGUUGUUUUGUUACUUCAGAGUAUGUUUUUAUGUAGUAUCAACAUACCAUCUUUUGUUGUCUCAAACACCUGGCCAACAUCAA